AUGGAGACUCCGACGACUCCGACGACGAGGCGCCCGAUGAUGACAGCGCGUGCAAGCAGCUUCUCCAGUGCACGAAUGCUUGAAGCUCAGAUGGCAUUUCAGAAUGUAGUGAAACACGAGUUGCAGUUGCUGCUUGUGGACGGUAUGAAACGGGAAGAAGCAGUGAAGCUAUUGCUAAGACGUAUCGUCGCUAGUACGGAACCACCCGAGGCAACGGCUGUGCGUGGUGUGAUGCGGCAGUUUCAGAUGAAUUAUGAUGAUGCAAUGCGUGCAUUGAUUGUCAAGCAGGAGCUAGGGAGACUCAAGCGUCAAGGGCUCGACUCGUUUGCAGCUAUAGAAGAACUUACACGGAAGAUGAAGAGUCGGGAAGAUGAGACCGAGCAAGUAGUAGAACAAGAAAAGAGAAGAGAAGAGAGAGGAGAAGAUAAUGAGCAAGGAAAAGGGGUGGCAAAGCAAGGUGAAGAAGAUGAAGGACUGAUGAUGGAGGAGGUAGAUCAGCACAAGGAUAUUGCAAGUGAGGAGAAAAAGGAGGAGGACAAGGAGAAUUGGGCUCAGGAGGAGAAAAACAAGAAGCAAUAUACUGAGAAGGUCGAGGAAAUGGUGCAAUCGAUUGAAGAGGUUGAAGACACGAAGAACUUAGUUCAGGAAGAGAACAAUGACAAAAAGAGUGUGUCUAUACCGGCAGCCGAGAUGGCGUCACCGACGUCAGAGAAGGACGGAAAUGAGACGUCCAUGUCGCUGUGUCAACGUAUCGGACAGGUAUCGAUCUCAUCUGGUAACACACCCGAGAAAGAAUCGGAGGGACAUGAUAAUGGAUUAGAAGAAGUUGAGAACACAGAUGAAGAAGCGAACGAGUCGGCGGGAGAAAAGAAUAAAGCAAGUCGUAAGUCACCGCUGAGAGUGCGGAACUCAUUCAACAGCAACCUUGCCGAUCUGACGCCCCAAUCGCGCAAGCGCCGCGCAACUUCCGGCAUAAAGUACGAAACCAGCAGUAAUAAUUGCAGCAACAGCGUUGAGCGCAAUGCAAAGCCUCUGUUUCCGAAUUUGAAGAAACAGAAGUUGUGUGCCGCAGUAGGUGACGGGUAUCUUGAGAUCGUCACUCUUAAAUCUAAGUCAACAUCGACGAAUUUGGCCAAGAGUACAUCAGCAGCAGGAACUUCUGGAUCAUCACCUGGUGGAGAAAAAGGUGGGGGGAUCGAAGCGAGGCGACCACAGCACAAAGAACUUACUCAAGCGGCAACGUGCAAGUCCGACAGGGAUGGCAGAUAA